UCCCCUCUGGAUUAUCACUCCUUCCAUCUGUGGCGAUGGGUUCUGUGAUGAUGGACUGGAGGUUGUCAUGUCUUCUUCUGCAGGCGGCAGCCUUGCUGCUGCUCAGCAAAGGGGAGAAGAUGUGCCCCGUGAGCUGUCGCUGCGAAGGCAAAAUUGUUUAUUGCGAGUCGGGCAUUUUCCAAGACGUUCCGGUGAACAUCACCACGGGAUGCCAAGGGCUGUCUCUGCGUUACAACAACCUGCUGGUUCUUCUGCCGUACCAGUUUGCCCAUCUCAAUCAGCUUAUCUGGCUUUACUUGGACCACAACUCCAUCAAUGCCGUAGAUGCAUUGGCCUUCCACGGGGUUCGUAGACUCAAGGAGUUGAUUCUCAGCUCCAACAAGAUCACGCAUCUGCACAACAACACGUUCACCGCCAUUCCAAACCUGAGAAACCUGGACCUGUCCUACAAUAAGCUGCAGUCUCUGCAGCCGGGUCAUUUCAACGGCCUACGCAAGCUUCAGAACCUCCACCUUCGCUCCAACGGACUAAGACAGAUCUCCAUCCGUACGUUUUUGGAAUGCCGCAGCCUGGAGUUCCUGGACCUGGGUUACAAUCGCUUGCGCAGUCUCACUCGCACAACGUUUUUAGGGCUGUUCAAACUGAAGGAGCUUCACCUGGAGCACAACCAGUUUUCCAGGAUUAAUUUUUUUAUUUUCCCGCGCCUUACAAACCUCCAGGCUCUGUAUUUGCAGUGGAACCGCAUCCGCUCCAUCAGUCAAGGCGUGCCGUGGACCUGGCAGAAACUCCAGAAACUCGACCUGUCGGGGAAUGAAAUUCAGAAGUUGGACCCCGCCGUUUUCCAGUGCAUGCCAAACUUAGAAGCGCUCAACCUGGAAUCGAACAAGCUCAGCAGUGUGCCCGUGGAGGCGGUGGCGGCCUGGACCUCGCUGACCGCCAUCAGCCUCGCCGGCAAUGCCUGGGACUGCAGCCCCAGCAUCUGCCCCCUCAUGGGAUGGCUCCGGACCCUCAGGGACCCCAAAGACAUCAGCAUGAUUUGCAGCGGCCCCAAGUCCGUGCAGGGGGAGAGAGUGGUGGAUGCGGUGAGGAAUUAUUCAAUAUGCGGGGAUGUAUCCAGUGCGUUCUCCACCACAACUUUCAUCGUACUGAGCUCAAGCCAAAGUGAAAACGUCACAACUUGGCCUGCUCCCUCUGGUGGCACAGAGCUGACUCAUACUGUGUCACCUUCACAGAAACGAACCACGUCACCUGCCAGUCCAAGUGGCACGUACAGGAAGGUAGCGGAGUCCUCAACCGUGAGCUCCACAGGAACCCCCACAUCAGUUAUCCCUGAGCUACAGUUUGAACAUAUGGCUUUCCAUAAAAUCAUUGCAGGCAGUGUAGCCCUGUUCCUGUCUCUGUCAUUGAUCCUGCUGGUUAUUUAUGUCUCUUGGAGGCGCUAUCCCAACACCAUGAGGCAGCUGCAGCAGCACUCAGUCAAGCACAAGCGCAGGAAAAAGGCUCACAAGCAGGAGCCGGAUCUAAACUCUCAGCUGCAGGAGUACUAUCUGAGCUACCAUUCAAACUCAGAGGCCAUGGACUCCUUGGUGAACGAGACAAGGCCGUGCACGUGCACUAUAUCAGGAUCUAUAGAAUGUGAAGUGUGAGCUUUCCACCUUUAAGAGACAAGAGGUGCUAUCGCGAAGCAGAGAUAAAUGUUUUUUUUUCCUGGAGAUAAAAUAUUGUUUUUUUUAAAAUAUAUCUCCGAUGUAACGUAGUAGAAUUCUGCAUAUACUGAAGACAAAAGAUCGGGGUGACAGUACAUUAUAAUUAUGUGCACAGUAGAGAUGAUUAGAAAGGAGAGAGCUCAUUAGCACCCUGACAGUUGUGAGAAGAGUUGCCAGGUUUGCUGUGUAUGAUCCAAAAUUACAGCUGGACCUCUGCGUCAGUAGAGGCGGGCCCUGUAGACAGACUGUGCAGAGAGCAAUCCCGCCAUGAGCCAACAAAGCCACUUUUUACCAGCUUGUUUGAUAACAUCAUGUAGCCUGUAAAGCAUUAGGAUGUGCGAGUGCAUCUUUGAGAUUGUGUUGUGUGUGUGUGUGUGUGAGAGAGUGAGAGUGAGAGAGAAUGAGAGAAUGUCACGAGGGAUGAGCUGUUAAUCCUCUGGUUUACCAACAUCUGGCUGGAGGAGUUACAGUGUUACACCUUCCUCUCAUUGAUGCUAUUUGUCCAGUUGAGUUAUUUUGCAUUUGGCAAACAAGCCUAGCUGUAGCAGAACCCGCAAAAAAGUGGGGAAACAAUCACAAAGAGAGCAUCAUUUGCAUGAAGCCUUUCUCCUUAUUGAAGAUGCUUCUCUCACACAUCAAAUGAUCACUCUUAUCAGACAAAAGAAGAAAAAAAAGAGCGUAUAUUUGCAUUUCAAUUUAUUGUGUAACUAGCCACAAAAAUUUAGAAUGAUAGAGAACCCGUGAGUCCAAUCUCAGGAUGUAUAAGUCUUAAAAUGUACAAAUCUGUCAGGUCCAAGUAAGGCCUUUUGUUUGUAUGUGUGUAUGUGUCAAAGGUGACAAUGUUGAUUUUCAUAACAGAUUUUGUAUUGACCAUUCCUGCCAUUAUAAUUCUGCAUUGUUUGUGUAUAUGUAUAACAAUAUGGAUAUAGGCUUUCUUUUGUGAUUAUAACUGUACGAUUAAAAGAAACUGAGAGUUUCUGAAAAAUACAAGAGUGUGUUGGGGCCAUCAAUGACUGGAGCUGUUACUGGUGAGAAAGAAAGAAGUUGAAAUCCUUGCAUUGUGCUUUGGGUGUGGUACAUUUCGUUGGGUUCGGUGCUGACAAAGGAGCUGACAUAGUUUCAGAGGCGUGUGUUUCCAGUAUCCUCUCCUGGUACUUAAGUAUGACCAACAUAUCUGGAGUAAACACACACCUCAGACUCAAAAUAGUGGUCCCAUGCAGCUGGGCCAGCAGAAACGAGUCAUUUAAACUACCAGUUUCCGCAUAAACAGGUUUGCUU